CGAUGGAAGAUUCAACGGUGGAUUCAAUGGAAGAUUUCAACGACGGAUUUGAUGGAAGAUUUCAAUAGUGGAUUCGAUGGAAGAUUUCAACGGCGGAUUUGAUGGAAGAUUUCAACGGCGGAUUCGAUGGAAGAUUUCAACAGCGGAUUCGAUGGAAGAUUUCAACAGUGGAUUCGAUGGAAGAUUGAACGUGAAUUUGAUGGAAGAUUUCAACGGAGGAUUCAAUGGAAGAUUUCAACAGUCGAUUCGAUGGAAGAUUCAACGGUGGAUUCGAUGGAAGAUUUCAUCGGCGGAUUCGAUGGAAGAUUUCAACAGUGAAUUCAAUGGAAGAUUGAACGUGAAUUUGAUGGAAGAUUUCAACGGCGGAUUUGAUGGAAGAUUUCAACAGCGGAUUCGAUGGAAGAUUUCAACAGCAGAUCUGGAUGUGGAUGAUAAUGAGAUUGUGAAUUCAGUUCUUCUAUUCCUUCCAUCAUAUAUUUCAUCAUCAUCACAUUGAUUAUCUCACUUGGGAAUGCUAUAUUGAAUGAACUUGAAGCUGCCAGAGCUGAAGAAGGGAAUAUAAUCACUGACAUUUGAGAGAUCUAUAUAAAAGAAUUGAU